AUGAAGCCUUUAAUCAGAAAAGGCAAAGCAGCCAGACCCCUAAACCGUCUACUUUUUGAAAGCCUGCUGCACUACGAUGCCUUUGAGACUAAAAUGUCUACGGUGAAGCAUGUUGUCAUGAGGGAUAAAGACCAGAAUGAUGAGAAGAAGUUGGAUUGGAGUUAUAUUGAAUGGUUGGAAAAUGAAGUCACUUCAGGUGUGGUUGACGCAGAGACGCAAACUGAUCAGGGGCCUUUUGAGCACAAGGAGUGUCAAACCAGCAACCCGGUGAUAAUGCAUAUCGAUUUAACGCGGACACACUCUAAACUGAGGCAUUCAGCCUUACUAGAUCACGAUGGCUCGGUGGCACCUUUCUUCCAGUUCGACCGGCAGGCUCCCGGCCGCAUCUCCACCUCUCCGACCUUGAGGAGGAUGAGGAGCACCAGGCGUCCAGUGUUGGACUCCCAGAAUCCUGCAAGAAUGGGUAGCACCCAAGAGGAGGGUUCCCCCACAUGCUUGUCAUCACCUUUACACAGAGUAAAGUCUCCGCUCGCCACAAGCCCCCUCCUGUCUGGGGGCGACAUCUGUCACGAGCAUCCGCCAAUUUCAUCCUGUGGCAGACAGAGAACCAGAUCACAUAGAUCAAAGACGUUGGAGAAUGGUAUGGCUUCCAUGAAGCCAGAAUGUCACAGUGCGCAUCCUACUAUUAUGAAAGAUUUUGGAUUCCCUGAUAGUGAAUUACAGGAGAAGGAGCAUUGCACUAAUAGAUUACAAGAAAGGAGGCGAAGUUCUGUAGUUGUCAGCUUACCUGGCUUGGAUGUUUCACCUGGAGACUUGUUUGUAUCCAAUGGAGCAGCUGAUCUUCUCAACAACUUUUCUGACACAAAAAAGUCAAAGUGGCCUUUUUCAAGGCGGAGCACGACUAAAGGGAAGUCCCAAGCAGGCACAUCGGUGUCAGAUAUUGAAAAUUUUCUCUCAACAGUACAAAUUCAGGACUGGAGAAACUGUGACCUUCAAAAGUAUAAGGACUACUCCGUAGCAGAGUUCUUGCAGGACCAGUCCUCCCAGUGGUGUGCCACCUCUGAACCACAGGGCUUUAAAAGACAAGAGGCCAUCUGGGAGCUCUUCACCAGCGAGUGUAUUUACUUCCUGGAUCAGCUCAUGGUUCUAAAAGAGGUUUUUUUGGCCACGCUCACAAACCUUCAGAUGAGAAGCUGCCUGGCUGAUAUUGAUGCCUGGAGGCUGUUUGCGAACCUCAGUGAGCUUUGCUUGGUGAGUUUUGGUUUCCUUAACAACCUCCUGCGCGUCAUCAAGGAUUCGUUGGACAUCACCGAUGGUAACCAAGCCACACUGCUGGAGCUCUUGAGCAAAGCCUUCCGGGGGGGCAUAUGCCACUGCUUGCAGAAGUACUGCCUCAAUUACUCCACGGCUUUGCUUUAUCUGGACAGCCUGAAGCCCAGAGAGGACUUUGGGACUUAUGUCAAGUGGUGCGAAAGCAACAAGCAGUGCCGCAGGUUGCAGCUACGCGACUUGCUGGUGGCGCCUUUGCAGAGGUUAACACGCUACCCGCUGCUCCUACGAAACAUUGCGAGGCGCCUCCACACGGAGGAGGAAAGUGGGCUUGUGCAGGCUGUAGCAGAGCAAGUGGACGCAUCCAUAUGUGACCUGGAGGGGAAGGUGAAAUGGUUGGACAACUACCAAAAGGUCAAACAGCUGCGAGAUGCCUUGGUGUGGCUUCCUGUGUGGGAGCGUGACAAGCGGGCCUUUAUCCCUGAGACGGUUAAGCAUCUGCUGAAGGCUGUAACACUGGAGAAUCUCAUUUCCCACAGGAGUUUACUGCAUGAAGGCAAAUUAGUGCUUGCAGAGAACACCAAGCUCAUUGACGUCUACUUGUUCCUCUUUGACGAAUUCCUGCUCAUCACUAAGAUAAAGCGGAACAAGAAGAGGUCCCUCGGUCCGGAAGCAAACUCCUUGCGCCUGGCACAAAACCUGGAGCUGGAUCAGCUGCUGAAGGAAGGAUGCACAUUCACCGUUCUGGACCAGCCCGUCUCCCUUGACCGACUCCAGCUCAGGAACAUUGAUCAGCUCAAUGCCUCAACGUCAGGGCUGCUUCAUUCUUUCAUAAUCACGCACCAGAACCGCUACCAGCAGUGUAUCGGCGCUUUUGUCCUGCAGGCUGCGUCGGAGGCUUGCAAGAGAACGUGGCUGUCCAAGAUCGAAGAGGCAGUAUCGGCGUUGCUGAAGCUGAACUCUCAGCAGGCGCGAGUGAAAAACACAUCACUUUGGUUGGAGUCAUCCCAGAUCUGA